AUGUUUUUCACGUACGUGGUGCGCCCGGGGGAAGCCCCAGAAGGCCGCGGGCCCCAGUUUGAGCCAUUUUGGGACUUCUUCAUGAACUUUAACCUGCGCGUAGGAUUCCUCAUCCAGUUCAUUUCGUACAUCCUGUUGGUCUGCUCUAUAACAUUAAUUGGGAAGAACCCCUUGGGAAUUUUAAAAUUUUUGAGGGCACUACCAGGAAGUGUCGGCAACGCGCCAAUGCCGUUGGUCCUUUUUAGUAUAGGGGGGUUUCUCCUGGGGACGCUACUGAUCAUGUCGUUUUUGCAGUUGACUGAGGAUGACAGCAGCAUCAAGCAAUCGAGAGGGUACCGAGCCGGGACGAAGUUUUUGCUGCAGGCCACGUCCAUGGGCACCGUGUCUUGGAGUUUGUCCCUAAUCUGUUUGAUGGCAUCUUCCUACUACUUCGACGACCCCUGGAUGGAGGAGAAGAUCGGAGCGGGUUCGUCAUGGAUUCUAUAUUUUAGCUCAAGGCUGAUAGAUGCAUUCUGUCUAUUUCUGUACGGAUCUGGCUGUUUCUUUUUGGAGGUGUAUCAUUCCGAGGGGGCUGGAGAAGCUUGGGGGUGGAUAUGUGGGGUCUGUUUCAUAGCAACGGCCUUCGUAGAAGUGUUAGCCUUAACCCUAUUUAACAGUGUGCUGUUUGAAUCCCUGGAUUGGUUCUACUGCCUCUUCCUAGGAAUGAGUCUCUUCUUCAGUGUGGUUUGGGGCCUGCUGUUUGAACCUAUAAGCCACAGAUACGAUGUCAAGUUAACCCAGAGUGCCAUGCGAAAUGAGUACUACAAAUCCAGGAACGCCAUGGCCUACUAUGGCCCCGCCGUUGUGACUGCGAAUGGGGAGCUGGACAUUGAGGCGUCGACUGAGAAUGUGACUUCGUGCAAGCAGUGUUAGCGUUGAAGAGCCAGGCGGGGAGGGGGGGCGGUCCUUUCGCCGCUUCGCCGUUUCGCCGCUUCGCCGUUUCGCCGCUUCAGCGCUUCACCGCUUCGUUCGUGCCCGGGUCGUUGUGAACCGCGGAGCGGCUGCGGCGCCAAAGUGAACAGACCUCCUGUUGCGAAGCGAGUCGGAGUUAAAACGGGGGACACGGCUGAGAGAGCAGUUAGCACUGAGCGAACAGAUGGACAUCGCCGAGAGGGCAUGGAGGCACCACUUAAACAUUAGCCCAAUCCUCAUCAUCCUCAUCUUCUUCCUUUCUUUCUUUCUUUCUUUCUU